ACUAAGUACCAGUAUUGGGCUUUCAACUUACAUAAAAUCCAAUCAAAUAUUCAUGAAAACAUCUCUGCUCCGCUAACAUCACUCUUUUAUAUGUAUAUGUAUAUAUCCAUACAUAUAUCGCUCUCUUACAUCUUUACUCAAGCCUGAGGCUUUUAACCCUCCGAUGGGCAUCAAAUCGCUCACAAGCUUUUCCGGCCUGCAAGCCAUCAGUAUCAAUAUGUAUGAGAUCAAGCACUGCUUAACUACGGCUGCUACACUACUACAAUAAAAAGCAUCGGUUUUCCGUAAGUAUCGACACAUCCCAAAAUUCCUGUCGUCGCUGGUCGAUCACAACUUUCGAAUUUCCACGUCUUUUACUGCUGUUUACUCCACCGAAAACGCCACCUCUUUGACAACACAAUCCUUUGUUCCGAGUAACAUCGAUAUCUCCCAUCCUGUUUUCUCCGUCGCGAUCUGUUUUUGGCUGUCAUGUUCAAAGGCCAUAUUGUCUUUAUCCUUCUUGUCUUCCUCUCAGUUGCAUCAGCAGCACCUGCUAAAGGCUCCUCCGAUGACCCCUCCUCCUCUGGGAAACCCGAUCUAAAUUCUGGGGGAUCCGCAAAUCCCAAAAAAGACUCAAAGCCAGCGAAAUUCAUCCCAACACACCAUACUUGGUCAUUUGAGAAUGAUCCUCAACCGGCUGUUGUUGAAAAUGGCAAGAGCAAAUUUAAAAUAUCCAGUAGUGUCAAGGAUGCUCUUACAUUGAAAUGGAGGAACUUGUAAAGAAGUUACGCUCGUCGCUACUAUUGUGUUUCGUUACUUGAUGCCUGGUUUAGCAUUUUGUUUGAUCUUCUCACUCCCUAUGCCCGCUCAUUUUGUACCUAUGUUCGAUAUAUCAACCACUUAUCUUGACUAAUUACACUCUAGUACUCUGUGCUAGUACCGAAAAUCUCCCUCCUUGGACAAGAGCAUGGGCGCUCUUCCAGGCAAUCUUUAGCGCUUC